CAAACGCGAGAUCAAGAAAAAGAAAAUGGCGAAUACGAAUCUCCAAGAGAUGGUCGUCGGCGGCGACGGGGCGUUCGACGCUAUUUUCCAUCAUUCGACCCAACGGUGGCUGGAGCACGACGAAUUGGAUGCCGUUUUAGACAGGCAGGACCAGCCGAAUCCUCCGUUCAACAUCACCGUCGAGUUACUCGGCCCUGGGCCCCCUUUUGUCGAAGGUCUCUUUUCAGAUAACUACGACUGGACGCCGGUGAACCGACCCAGACAACUCAACUGCUCGUCGAUACGACUCGGACCGGUUGUUGGGUGUACCGUCGCGACGGAGGAGGAGAAUUCGUCAGAAGAACGCAUCACCCCCAAUACAGGCCGAAUCUGGCGCUCAUUCACUAUCGACGGGAGAAGAAGGGGACGAGGAGGCCGAGGAAGAAGGGGCGGCGGAGGACGACGAUGAAGGCGGUGAAACUACGGAUGAGACUACCGAUGAUGAUCUUGAAAACGAUCCAACCUAUGUUCCAAUGCUCUUGCUUGAUUAUGUAUGUAUUGGAAACUACUCAUAUGUUUUCUUUGUUUGAUUUCCAUAGGAUUGGACGAUUGUGAUGCAACCCCUCCCACAAAUGCCAAACCUAUUCAGGAUAAGAACCUUGGAUUAGUUUAGCAAGCAGUGUCAUCCCUUUACAAGCGUAACAUUUUGAGAUUGACUCACAAGUUCUUGACCUUGUCGCUUCAAGAUAUAGCCAACAUGGUCCAACUUGCUAAUGCUAAGGAGGCGGAAAGGCUUGUGCUCCAGAUGCUACUUGCUUUUUCUCAGGCUGUCACUGCUCCAUUGUAUACUGUCAACGCCAUAGCUCUUGAGGCGUAUAAAAAGUACUUACUGGUGACUCUCAUUCACUCUGGACAGUUUAGUUUCAGUCUCCCCAAGUGCGCUUCUACAGCAGCUAAGAGUAACUUCAAAACCUUUAUUGCCCGUGACGUUCGAGGUGUAUCUAGCAACCCUGCGCUUAUAUUCUCAAUAGCCAGAUCUGAGGCGGUGAUUGAUGCAUACUUGGAUGGACUCGAGGCGUCUGGACUUGAUGACUUCUCAAGAGUUACAAGUGUUGCUUCCUUCUUUGUCAGUAGGGUGGAUACCCUCAUGGACAAGAUGCUUGAGAAUAUUGGUACCCCAGAAGCACUAGACCUCCGUGGCAAGGCGGCUGUGGCUCAAGCUGCAUUAGCAUACCAACUAUACCAGAAGAAGUUCUCAGGUCCAAGAUGGGAAGCUUUGGUGAAGAAAGGUGCCAAGAAGCAGAGGCUUCUCUGGGCCUCAACAAGUGUUAAGAACCCAGCUUACUCUGACACUAUAUAUGUCGCUCCUCUCAUUGGACCUCAUACUGUGUCAACCAUGCCGGAUCAAUCCCGUGGAAACAUUCAUAGACCAUGGAACGGUGAAGAGGACGUUAGAUGCGAAUGUGUCAGAUGCCGUUUACAGGGCACUAGAGAAGCUGGGAAUAGACUGGAACGAGGUGGGAGACCCUGCUGCUUCUCGGACAGGUCCUUCUGAAUGUGCAAUGGGAGAUUUUGGUAUCAUCCCAGACUCAUCACGGGUGAUUGGUGGCCUAUAAGUGCCUUGUUCUGGAUCAUGUAUACUGUCUUAGUUUCAUAUACCGAUUGAAUCCGUGAUUCUUUUUUUUCCUCUGUAGUAUGCUUCAUUGUUAUCCUCAACAUGUAAAUUUCAAAGGGAGAUAUACCCCAAAGUAGAGUGUGACUAGAGUAACGUCCACCUGUUUCAGCAACAAAGUUUAGAUUUUUCCAUUCA